UUUCAAUUAUGUAAUUGGAAGUUAAAUGUAAAAACUACCUUCUUACACCAAAAGCAAUUGUAAUGACGCAAUAGUAUUCUUACAAUCUAGUUUCGUUGUUUAUCAGCAAUUGAAUACAAUGUCCAUACAACGUAUAAAAAAUGUUAGUCAAACAUUGCGCAAACUCCAACCCCAGAGGCGUACCCAGAUGACGAAUAGAGGGUUGCCCCAUUUUGCCCAAGGCAAGGUCGUGAAAGGUUUCGGACGGGGGUCUAAAGAACUGGGGAUUCCCACAGCGAACUUUGACGAAGACGUGGUGGGUAAUUUGCCGGAAGAAAUCGAACCCGGGGUGUACUUCGGAUUCGCCCAAAUCGAAAAUGGACCGAUUUACAAAAUGGUCAUGAGUGUGGGGUGGAACCCCUUCUACAAAAACACCAAAAAGUCGAUGGAAACUUACAUUAUUCACAAAUUCGAUGAAGAUUUUUACGGAAAAAUUCUCAAGGUCGUCAUGCUUGGGUAUCUUCGCUCGGAGAAAGACUUUAAAAGUGUGGAAGAUUUGAUACAGGCUAUCAAUAACGACGUGCUUGAAGCACAAACAAAGCUGGACGAGGAACAGUUCGCUAAAUAUAAAUGUGACCAAUUUUUUACAAGUUAAUAAAUAAACUGUAUUAAAAAUG